AACAACACGUCAUGGAGACCAGACUCCUGUCAGGAGUGUUCAUGCUAUAGUGACAUCACCAUCUGUCAACCUGCUACCUGCCUCAACCCACACUGCGACUACCAGAGGGUAAGACAUAAUACAGAGAGGGAGGGAGGGGGGAGGGAGGGAGGGAAGGAGGGAGGGACAGUGGAGAGGGGGGGACGGGGGGAGGGAGGGAGGGAGGGGCGGGGGGAGGGACGGGGGGAGGGAGGGAGGGAGGGAGGAACGGAGGGAGGAAGGGAGGGGCGAGGGACGGAGGGAGGGAGGGACGGGGGGAGAGACGGGGGAGGGAGGGAGGGACGGGGGGAGGGACGGAGGGAGGGAGGAGUGAACAAACAAACAAAUCAAUGAAUGAAUUAAUGAACAAACAAACAAGUUAAUGAAUAAUUGAAUGAUUGAAUAGCUGAGUGUCUUAUAUACACUUGUGUUUAUAGGGACGGGGAGGGACGGGGGGAGGGAGGGAGGGACGGAGGGAGGGAGGGAGGGAGGGACGGAGGGAGGGACGGGGGGAGGGAGGGACGGAGGGAGGGAGGGAGGGAGGGAGGGAGGGAGGGAAGGAGGGAGGGAGGGAACGGAGGGAGGGACGGGGGGAGGUUUGGACGGGGGGAGGGAGGGAGGGUCGGGGGGAGGCACGGGGGGGAGGGAGGGACGGGGGGAGGGACGGGGGGAGGGAGGGAGGGAGGGACGGAUGGAGGGAGGGACGGGGGGAGGGAGGGAGGGAGGGAGGGAGGGAGGGACGGGGGGAGGGAGGGAGGGACGGUGGGGGGACGGAGGGAGGGAGGAGUGAACAGACAAACACAUCAAUGAAUUAAUUAAUGAACAAACAAACAAGUUAAUGAAUAAUUGAAUGAUUGAAUAGCUGAGUGUCUUAUAAACACUUGUGUGCCUCAUUCCUCCAUCCUCGCCUCUGUUCUCCUGCUUUGAUUAAGUAAUCUAGAUAUACAGCUAACAACACUGUCAGGGCAUUCUGUCCAACCUCCCCUCUCUCCUGAGAUAUCCCAUCCAUCCUCCCCUCUCCCCUGAGACAUCCCAUCCAACCUCCCCUCUCCCCUAAGACAUCCCAUCCAACCUCCCCUCUCCCCUGAGAUAUCCCAUCCAACCUCCCCUCUCCCCUGAGACAUCCCAUCCAACCUCCCCUCUCCCCUGAGACAUCCGUUCCAACCUCCCCUCUCCCCUGAGACAUCCCAUCCAACCUCCCCUCUCCACCGAGACAUCCCAUCCAUCCUCCCCUCUCCCCUGAGACAUCCCAUCCAACCUCCCCUCUCCCCUGAGACAUCCCAUCCAACCUCCCCUCUCCCCUGAGACAUCCCAUCCAACCUCCCCUCUCCCCUGAGACCACUAUCAAUGCCUAAUGAAUUCUGCUCCACUGACUGGCAGGCCAAUGAUAAUUAAAUUAGCCAUUAAAGCCACCAAACCAUGUGUCCUCUCCUCUCCUCUCCUCUUGUCACGCCCUGACUCAGGGGACUCGUAUAUGUUGAGUCAGGGUGUGUAUAUUCUUUGUUGUGUAUAUUCUGUGUGGUGUAUCUAGUAUGUGUAGUUCUAUGUUGGCCGGUGUGGUUCCCAAUCAGAGGCAGCUGUCGCUCGUUGUCUCUGAUUGGGGAUCAUACUUAGGCAGCCUAUUGGCACUGUUGAGUUGUGGGAUCUUGUUUCGGGUAAGGUUUGUUGUAUGUACAACCUUUGGACUUCACGUUUCGUUUCGUUUGUUGUUUUGUCGUGUGUUUAUAAGUUUAAUAAACAUGUACGCAUAUCACGCUGUGCCUUGGUCUGACCCGUCAUUGAACGAACGUGACAGAAGAUCCCACCAAACAAGGACCAAGCAGCGUUCCCAGAAGGAGCAAACGCCUGGGACUCAACAGGAGGUAACCUUAGUAGAUGUCCUCCUCGGUUGGUUGAGAAUUACAGAGGAGGAGGCCGUCAGUUAUCGGGAGGCGAUGAAGGUAGAUGCCCAGGUAGGAGAGGAGAAACGGCGCCAACAGUGCCGACGAUGGAGACCCAAGAGGCAACCCCAAUAAAAAGAAAUUGGGGGGGGGGGGGGGGGGGGGGGGGGGGGGGGGGGGGGCACACGGGGUGGACGACGAGGCAGCAGGAGGCCGUGGAAGGGCGGAUCUGCAGGUUAGGAGAAGAGGCCACCAUGUUACGGGGGCUGUUGGCUCAGAGGGAGCAGGAGUUAUUCGGUCAGAGGGAGGCGCUACAGGAGGCUCAAAGGGAGAAGGAUAUAGUGGAGGCACGGAGAGAGGAGCUGGUUAGGCAGCAGAAGGAGCGGGGGUUAAUAAAGGAACCCAGUCCUGCUCCUCGCACUAAGUCAGUGGUGCGUGUCGCCAGUCCGGCCCGGCCUGUUCCUGCUCCUCGCACCAAGACAGUGGUGCGCGUCGCCAGUCCGGCCCAGCCUGUUCCUGCUCCUCGCACCAAGCCAGUGGUGCGCGUCGCCAGUCCGGCCCGGCCUGUACCUGCUCCUCGCACCAAGCCAGUGGUGCGUGUCGCCAGUCCGGCCCGGCCUGAUCCUGCUCCUCGCACCAAGCCAGUGGUGUGCGUCGCCAGUCCGGCCCGGCCCGUGCCUGCUCCUCGCACCAGACCAGUGGUGCGUGUUCCUAGUCCGGUCCGGCCCGUGCCUGCUCCUCGCACCAGACCAGUGGUGCGUGUGUCCAGUCCGGCACGGCCCGUGCCCGUUCCAGUGGCUCCACUCCGGAGCCAGAGCUGUCCACUCCACCGGUGCAUAGUCCAGCUCCGGUCAGCAGCUCUACUCCGGAGCCAGAGCAAUCCGCUCCACCGGUGCACAGUCCAGCUCCGGUCAGCGGCUCCAGUCCGGAGCCUGAGCAGUCCGCUCCACCGGUGCCCGGUCCAGCUCCGGUCAGCGGCUCCAGUCCAGACCAUGACGUCAGCCCCUCUCCAGGUUCGGGGUCUCCCACACCAGGGUCCAGACAGGGCCUGGCGUAUCUUGGGAGGAAGGAGAGGGAAAGCAGCGCGCCGAGGUCCAGACCAGACCAGGGGCGCAAUAGGGAGGCGGAGAGUAAGAGGUCGUCACGGCCGGAGCCGGAUCCGCCUCCGAGGCGGAAUGCCCACCCGGCCCCUACCCUGUUAUGUUUAUGUUGUGCGGUCGGAGUCCGCACCUUUGGGGGGGGGUACUGUUACGCCCUGACUUAGGGGACUCGUAUAUGUUGAGUCAGGGUGUGUAUAUUCUUUGUUGUGUAUAUUCUGUGUGGUGUAUCUAUUAUGUGUAGUUCUAUGUUGGCCGGUGUGGUUCCCAAUCAGAGGCAGCUGUCGCUCGUUGUCUCUGAUUGGGGAUCAUACUUAGGCAGCCUAUUGGCACUGUUGAGUUGUGGGAUCUUGUUUCGGGUAAGGUUUGUUGUAUGUACAACCUUUGGACUUCACGUUUCGUUUCGUUUGUAGUUUUGUCGUGUGUUUAUAAGUUUAAUAAACAUGUACGCAUAUCACGCUGCGCCUUGGUCUGACCCGUCAUUAAACGAACAUGACUCCUCUCCUCUCCUCUUCUCUCCUCUCCUCUCCUCCAUCAAGCCCACCAAAACAUGUUGUCUAUCAGAUCUCCUCCAGCUCCACCCCACCCUCCCCACCAUAGCAUGGAGAUUUUAUAGAUGAACACAGCUCUUAAAUAUUUUAGUUUCUGAACAUGAAACAUUUUCCUUAUGUCAUUAAUUUCAAAAUGAUAACAAUUACUUGUCCCUCAUUCCUCUCUGUUCUAUGUAUUCCCUGUCCCUCAUUCCUCUCUGUUCUAUGUAUUCCCUGUCCCUCAUUCCUCUCUGUACUAUGUAUUCCCUGUCCCUCAUUCCUCUCUGUUCUAUGUAUUCCCUGUCCCUCAUUCCUCUCUGUUCUAUGUAUUCCCUGUCCCUCAUUCCUCGCUCUGUUCUAUGUAUUCCCUGUCCCUCAUUCCUCUCUGUACUAUGUAUUCCCUGUCCCUCAUUCCUCUCUGUACUAUGUAUUCCCUGUCCAUUUGUUGGUAUUUUUCACUGGAGGGUUAGAAUAACAAAAGAAAGACAGGAUGGUAUGGAUGGUGUGUGAUGCAGAUGGGGAGAUGGGGGAACAGCGUACUGUGUGCAGCCUUUCUCUGGAACACCCAGUAUGUCCGUUCAUUUCAAUUCCAGUCAAUUCAGGAAGUUCAUCCUGCAUUAACAUGGUUGUAAACUAAAGGGGACUAAUACUGUAUUCCCUCUGUGUGUCUCAUCAGGGAGAGCGGUUGAGGAUCCCUCCCAACCAGUGUUGUCCAGAGUGCCUGCCCUCCUCCCGAGGCUCUUGUCAGCAUGAAGAAGCUGUUUAUGGGGUCAGUAGGUGACACGGUCUGCUGUGGAGGACCAGAGAAAAUAUCUGUCUUCCUCUUCUCAUCCUCUGUCCCCUUCUCUCUGCUCUAACUCCAUCCCCAUCCUCUCUCCUCUCCUCUAACACCGUUCCCCUCCGCUCUCCUCUCUCCUCUCCUCUAACUCUGUCCCCCUCCUCUCUCCUCUCCUCUCUCCUCUCCUCUAACUCCAUCCCCCUCCUCUCUCCUCUCCUCUAACUCUGUCCCCCUCCUCUCUCCUCUCUCCUCUCCUCUCCCUCUAACUCUGUCCCUCUCUCCUUUCCUCUAACGCCGUUCCCCUCCUCUCCUCUCUCCUCUCCUCUAACGCCGUCCCCCUCCUCUCUCCUCUCCUCUCUCCUCUCCUCUAACUCUGUCCCUCUCUCCUUUCCUCUAACUCGGUCCCCUCCUCUCUCCUCUCUCUUAUCCUAACACACAAUUGCUUUCUUGUUAGCCUCCACUUUCGCCAUCUCACACAUAGUCUGAGUCCCUAAUGGCACCCUAUUCUCUGUUUAGUGCACUACUUUUGACCAGAACCCUUGUCAAAAGUAGUGCACUACUGUAUGUAGGGAUUAGGGUGCAAUUAGGGUACCAUUUGGGAGCAACAAGAGAGAGCUGGCUGGCGGGCAAUCUUUUUAGGUAGAACAAGCUGCCUAACAAGCCACUUUGGCCGGGGGUUUUAGGAUUCCAUUGGUGUCGCUGAAGCAUCAAGUGUCUUUCACACUUUCACAAAGCUCUACUGAGGCAGGGGACUCAUGUUUUGAGAGGGACUGCCUGGGCCUUUUCAAGGCUUCGCUAACUCUCUGUGGGUCGGUGAAGGGCAGAGUGGAGGAGAGGAGCGGGAGAAGAAACUGUAGUGGGUUAUGUGGCACAGUAGCAGAAUAAUGAUUUAUGUUGUUAUUUACUGAAGGUUGUGUUCAACGUUUAUUUUAGAUUGGGGCUAGGAAGGUGAGACACUGGAGUAGUGAGUUAUUGAAUACAGCUAGUGUAUCAUUCCCUUUCUAUUUCUCUCUCUCUCUCUCUCUCUCUCUCUCUCUCUCUCUCUCUCUCUCUCUCUCUCUCUCUCUCUCUCUCUCUCUCUUUCCCUCCCUCCCUCCUCCCCCACCAUCCAUCCACAGCAUGACAGCCAGUGGAGUGCCUCUCAGUGCCGGGUGUGUGUGUGUUCUGGGGGUAGUGUAUCCUGUGGACCGCGACCCUGCCCUCCUCUCAGCUGCCCCCCAGACCAGACCCCAUUCACCCCUGCCGGAGACUGCUGCCCCAAGUGUGCCCGCCAUGGAGGUAAGUUUCAUGCCAACUAGGCUUUCCCCUACUCUACUUUAAUUUCCAGUUAACGCACAAAGGCCUCCAAAGCAACAACAGAUCCAGGUCCUCUGGCAUCAAAAUUGUUAAUUGAAUCCAAUAGAAGCCAGGGGGGCAGGGGGGCUGUAUUGCCUGUACUAUGGUUGGCAUAAUAUAAUGUGUACAGUGUUGCCAACCCUUGGGAAAGCCUGCCAGACUCUGAGUCUGUUUGAGUCCGUUGCCUGAGGACUUCAAAAGGUUAGCUCAUGUUUGUCAGUUCUAUUAUAUAUGUGUUGUGGUGGCUCCUGCAUCGCUACGCUAGGCGGCUACGUAGCAAGCUAGCGCCUGAACUGGGAAUUCCCAAUGCUGCUAGCUACAAAUCUGAUGAUGCCUCCGUUAAAGCGCUCACCUCAACUUCAGGUGGAAUUUCUUUCCAGCGCGAUUGCCUGGAUGACUUUUAUCUCUGACCUACAUUCAAAGAAUAUAUAUAUUUAUUUUUUUUAUGAGUGAGCUGAUUUAGUUUUUGCAUCUUUGGUGGAACCUCUGUUAUCCUAAAAUAAGAUGAUGAUUAGAUGCUACAUGCUAUAUACAAGCAAGAGAGAUGUUAUCCUAAAUAUGAGUUGAAGUAUUUCUGACAAGAGAGGCAGAGGCGAAGCAAGAGGGCUCACUUCGCCCCAUAACAUCUCCGCGCAAGAAUAAAGCGUGAAGCAGACCAAGUGUGGACUUUUUGUAUGGAGGUCAAUGAGAGAGUGCCGGAUUUGGAUAACAUCAAAUUGAAUUGCUGAUUUUCUAAGUGAGGCUUAUUUGAUUGAAUAUACAUUUUGUGGCCUCCUGAGUGGUGCAGCGGUCUAAGACACUGCAUUAGCAGUGCUUGAGAUGUCACUACAGACCCGGGUUCGAUCCCAGGCUGUGUCACAGCCGGCCGUGACCGGGAGACCCAUGAGGCAGCGCCCAGCGUCGUCCGGGUUAGGGGAGGGUUUGGCCGGCCGGGAUUUCCUUGUCCCUUCACGCUCUAGUGACUCCUUGUGGCGGGCGCAUGGCUCUCGACCUUCGCCUCUCCCGAUCUGUAGGGGAGUUGCAGCGAUGGGACAAGACUGUAACUACCAAUUGGGGAGAAAAAGCAACCAACAAAAAUUGUAAUGUUACUGUAAGUGGACACACGUGGUAUCCCGGCAACUUAUAGGAACAACUUUUUUAUAUCGCAGUUGUGUCUGUUGUUCAAAUGCUUAUCUGCCCUCUCAUUGGCUAGAAUGUUCAAAACAAAUCAAAUGUUGUUUGUCACAUGCUUCAUAGACUAACCAGAUGUGGGACCAAGUCACUAUUAUUCGAGUCACAAGCAAGUCUCAAGUCACAAGGUCCGAGUCUCAAGUCGAGUCCCAAGUAGAACGGGUCGAGUCCAUGUCGUGCAUUUUAAGAGUAAGUCAAGUCGAGUCGAGUCACAAGUUUCAAGUCAAGGCAAUGACUUGUGGAACUACAAAUCUUUGUCCAUUUAUUGAGACCAGACAAUAAACCAGACAGUCCUUUUCAUUAUUUAGUCUACAACACAUUUUGAUUAUGUAAUAAUUAAUUUUAACAACAAAUUCCAAAUGCAAGUUUCAUAAGUAAUUAUGAAUUUCAAGCAAAUUUGGAUUACCAAAAGACCAGUAAACCUGUGCUAGUAAUUGUUGCUUGAUGCUCAGUUGCUAGUGGGCUUGCAAAGUAAACGGUUCAUAUUCUUGAUCACCCAACCAUUUUUUUUGGAGCUGCAUAUUAAUUUAUGUCAUUCCUCUCUCCCUACCAUGUGACGUUUGCGCUGUGCCCGAUCCUACAACUGUUCAGCUAUUCGCUGCAACCUGGGACUCCAAAAAAGGAGUGCUUCUAAGCUUGCGGUCAGUGUAAACGCGUGCACGAUCGCCGUGCACAUGUAGCUUGUUAUUACAGCCAUAAACAGUGAUGCAUUUUCAAAACGCAUAGAUACAGAAAUAAACUGCAUUUCACACUUACAUUUGGAGCUGAAAGUCAUUCAUGUUUGCAGUCAAUAUCAACUAGGGAUAUCAUGUCACAUUGUCAUUGUCACAUAUGGCCUACCAGUAUGCAGCGGAGGAUGCAGGAUCGGAUGGAAACGUGAUCUGAUUAUCAAUGAUCUGUCUGUAGCCUUUUUUUUCUUCCUCACAAAUAUAAUCAUUAUUAUACGUUACAUCUUCUUCCCAUAAGUAUUGAAGAUAAUGUUACAGCUAUCUGUAUUGCUAUAGUGUAGAGCCAGUACCACCACUGAUGUAUAUAAUUAUAACUAAACUAGGCCUAUCUGAAAUAUGAAAAUUAUCAAUGAAAUCACCAGGUUGCGGCAAAGAUGCGUCCGUAGCAGAUUGCUAAACAGUACUUUAUAUGGGAAUAAGAAACGUCCCUUUUUCAGGACCCUGUCUUUCAAAGAUAAUUCGUUAUAAAAUCCAAAUAACUUCACAGAUCUUCAUUGUAAAGGGUUUAAACACUGUUUCCCCAUGCUUGUUCAAUGAACCAUAAACAAUUAAUGAACAUGCACCUGUGGAACGAUCGUUGAGACACUAACAGCUUACUCACGUUAGGCAAUUAAGGUCACAGUUAUGACCUACUGACCCUGAAAAACACCAAAAAGAAAGAUGCCCAGGGUCCCUGCUCAUCUGCGUGAACGUGCCUUAGGCAUGCUGCAAGGAGGCAUGAGAACUGCAGAUGUGGCCUUGGCAAUAAAUUGACAGGACAGACAGGGCAAUACAUUGCAAUGUCCGUACUGUGAGACGCCUAAGACAGAGCUACAGGGAGACAGGACGGACAGCUGAUCGUCCUCGCAGUGGCAGACCACGUGUAACAACACCUGCACAGGAUCGGUACAUCCGAACAUCACACCUACGGGACAGGUACAGGAUGGCAACAACAACUGCCCGAGUUACACCAGGAACGCACAAUCCCUCCCGCAGUGCUCAGACUGUCCGCAAAAAGGCUGAGAGAAGCUGGACUGAGGGCUUGUAGGCCUGUUGUAAGGCAGGUCCUCACCAGACAUCACUGGCAACAAUGUCGCCUAUGGGCACAAACCCACCGUCGCUGGACCAGACAGGACUGGCAAAAAGUGCUCUUCACUAACGAGUCAAGUUUUUUUCUCACCAGGAGUGAUGGUCGGAUUCGUGUUUAUCGUCGAAGGAAUAAGCGUUACACCGAGGCCUGUUCUCUGGAGCGGGAUCGAUUUGGAGGUGGAGGGUCCGUCAUGGUCUGGGGCGGUGUCUCACAGCAUCAUCGGACUGAGCUUGUUGUCAUUGCAGGCAAUCUCAACGCUGUGCGUUACAGGGAAGACAUCCUCCUCCCUCAUCUGGGACCCUUCCUGCAGGCUCAUCCUGACAUGACCCUCCAGCAUGACAAUGGCACCAGCCAUACAGCUCGUUCUGUGCGUGAUUUCCUGCAAGACAGGAAUGUCAGUGUUCUGCCAUGGCCAGCGAAGAGCCCGGAUCUCAAUCCCAUUGAGCACGCCUGGGACCUGUUGGAUCAGAGGGUGAGGGCUAGGGCCAUUCCCCCCAGAAAUGUCAGGGAAAUUGCAGGUGCCUUGGUGGAAGAGUGGGGUAACAUCUCACAUCAAGAACUGGCAAAUCUGGUGCAGUCCAUGAGGAGGAGAUGCACUGCAGUACUUAAUGCAGCUGGUGGCCACACCAGAUACUGACUGUUACUUUUGAUUUUGACCCCCCCCCCCCUUUGUUCAGGGACACAUUAUUCAACUUCUGUUAGUCACAUGUCUGUGGAACUUGUUCAGUUUAUGUUUCAGAUGUUGAAUCUUGUUAUAUUCAUACAAAUAUUUACACAUGUUAAGUUUGCUGAAAAUAAAACGCAGUUGAUAGUGAGAGGACGUUUCUUUUUUUGCUGAGUUAUUAAUGUAGGAAUUAAACAAGCGCUUUCUGUUCACUAAUCUUGAUAUGUGCGCCCGCAUUUGCAAGCCAAUGCUGAUGAUGACUGGUCAUUUGUCAACAGUCAAGACGCGUAACUUUUUGGUUCUGAAGCACAUAUUAGAUGUUUUUGAAACAAGAAUUUGGUGCAAUGCCAUAGAUGUAUGUUAGAUGUAUGUUAGAUGUAUGUUAGAUGUAUGUUAGAUGUAUGUUAGAUGUAUGUUAGUGACAUGAUUGAAUAUGCAAAAGUAUAAAUAUAUAAUACAAAACAAUAUUUUCAAAUCAAAUCACAUUGUAUUUGUCACAUGCGCCGAAUACAACAGGUGUAGUAGACCUUACCAUGAAAUGCUUACUUACAAGCCCUUAACCAACAAUGCAGUUCAAGAAAUAGAGUUUUUACUUAAGUAAAAUAAUAAAAUAAUAAUAACACAAUAAAAUAACAACAAUGAGGCUAUAUCAUACCGAUACAGAGUCAAUGAGCGGGGGUACAGGUUAGUCGAGGUAAUUUGUACAUGUAGGUAGGGGUAAAGUGAGGGGGGGGGGGGGGGGGGGGGGGGGAUUCAAUGUAAAUAGUCCGGGUGGCCAUUUGAUUAAUUGUUCAGCAGUCUUAUGGCUUGGGGGUAGAAGUUGUUAAGGAGCCUUUUGGACCUAGACUUGGCGCUCCGGUACCGCUUGCCGUGCGGUAGCAGAGAGAACAGUCUAUGAUUUGGGUGACUGGAGUCUUUGACAAUUCUUUGGGCCUUCCUCUGACACCGCCUAGUAUAUAGGUCCUGGAUGCCAGGAAGCUUGGCCCCCAGUGAUGUACUGGGCCGUACGCACUACCCUCUGAAGCGCCUUACGGUCGGAUGCCGAGCAGUUGCCAUACCAGGUGGUGAUGCAACCGGUCAGGAUGCUCUCGAUGGUGCAGCUGUAUAACUUUUUGAGGAUAUGGGGACCCAUGCCAAAUCUUUUCAGUCUCCUGAGGGGGAAGAGGCGUUGUCAUGCCCUCUGUGUUGGUGUGUGUGGACCAUGUUAAUUCCUUGGUGAUGUGGACACCAAGGAACUUGAAGCUCUCGACCCCCUCCACUACAGCCCCGUCGAUGUGGAUGGGGGCGUACUAGGUCUUCCAUUUCCUCUAGUACACGAUCAGCUCCUUUGUCUUUCUGACGUUGAGGAUAAGGUUGUUGUUUUGGCAUAAACUGCCAGGUCCCUGACCUCCUCCCUAUAGGCUGUCUCAUCGUCGUCGGUGAUGAGGCCUACCACCAUCGUGUUGUCAGCAAAAGUAAUUCCGCUACCCAAGAAUAGUAAAGCCCCAUUUACUGGCUCAAAAGCCGACCAAUCAGCCUGUAACCAAUCCUUAGUAAACUUCUGGAAAAAAUUGUGUUUGACCAGAUACAAUGCUAUUUUACAGUAAACUAAUUGACAACAGACUUUCAGCACGCUUAUAGGGAAGGACAUUCAACAAGCACAGCACUUACACAAAUAGAUGUUUGGAUGAGAGAAAUUGAUGAUUAAAAAGAUUGUGAGGGGCUGUUUUGGUAGACUUCAGUGCAGCUUUUGACAUUAUCGAUCAUAGUCUACUGCUGGAAAAACCUAUGUGUUAUGGCUUUACACCCCCUGCUAUAAUGUGGAUACAGAGUUACCUUUCUAACAGAACACAGAGGGUGUUCUUUAAUGGAAGCCUCUCCAACAUAAUCCAGGUAGAAUCAGGAAUUCCCCAAGGCAGCUGUCUAGGCCCCUUACUUUUUUCCAUCUUUACUAACGACAUGCCACUGGCUUUGAGUAAAGCCAGUGUGUCUAUGUAUGUGGAUGACUCAACACUAUACACGUCAGCUACUACAGCAACUGAAAUGACUGCAAACACUUAACAAAGAGCUGCAGUUAGUUUCAGAAUGGGUUGCAAGGAAUAAGUUAGUCCUAAAUAUUUCCAUAACUAAUAGCAUUGUAUUUGGUACAAAUCAUUCACUAAACCCUAAACCCCAUGUCACGCUCGUCGUAGGGAAUAGAGGAGGACCAAGGCGCAGCGUAAUAAGCGUACAUACUUUAUUUGUACUGAACACGACACAAAAACAAUAAACAACGAUGCGUGACGUCCUGAAGUUAUACACAACACAAACCUUAACGGAACAAAAUCCCACAAACCCGAAUGAAAAACAGACAGUUUAAAUAUGGCUCCCAAUCAGAGACAACCAACGAACAGCUGACACUCGUUGCCUCUGAUUGGGAGUCACUAAGGCAAACAUAGAACACAACAAACCAGAACCCCCAACAUAGAAACACACCACAUAGAACAAACACACCCUGGCUCAACAACUAGAGACUAGAGUCCCAUAGCCAGGGUGUGACAGUACCCCCCCCUAAAGGCACGGACUGCGACCGCGCCUCAAAAAGAGCAAAACAGGGGAGGGCUGGGUGGGCAUACCUCCUCGGCGGCGGUUCUGGCUCCGGGCUUGACCCCCACUCCUUCUCUAACCCCCCAAAGUACCCCUGGUCCGGUCUGGCCCUGCUGGCCGGAGCUGGACUGAACACAGGUGGAGCGGAUUGCUCUAGCUCCGGCGUAACGCAUCUGACCGGUGCCGGACCAGGCACCAGUGGAACAGGCACGGGCCGUGCCGGACCGACGACGCACACCACUGGCUUGGUGUGGGGAACAGGCACGGGCCGUGCUGGACUGACGACGCACACCACUGGCUUGGUGUGGGGAGCAGGAGCGGGCCGUACAGGGCUGACGAAACGCACCACAGACUUGGUGCGGGGAGCAGGAAUGGGCCGGACUGGGCUGGCGACGCGCACCACAGACUUGGUGCGGAGAGCAGGAACGGGCCGGACAGGGCUGACGAAACGCACCACAGACUUGGUGCGGGGAGCAGGAAUGGGCCGAGCCGGGCUGACGAAACGCACCACAGACUUGGUGCGAGGAGCAGGAAUGGGCCGAGCCGGGCUGACGAAGCGCACCACUGACUUGGUGCGGGGAGCAGGAACGGGCCGAGCCGGGCUGACGAGACGCACCACAGACUUGGUGCGGGGAGCAGGAAUGGGCCGGACUGGGCUGGCGACGCGCACCACAGACUUGGUGCGGAGAGCAGGAACGGGCCGGACAGGGCUGACGAAACGCACCACAGACUUGGUGCGGGGAGCAGGAACAGACCGGACCGUACUGGGGACACACACCACUGGUCCUACGCCGGGAUCUGGAAUGGGCCGGACCGGACUGGUAACACACCCCAGUACCUCUCGCCGUGCCUCUACACCUUCCACCCCCUCUUCGGCCAGUGGCCCCCGUAACCUGGCGGCCUCCUCUGCCAACCCGCUGGACCGCUCUAUCGCGGCCUCCUGCUGCCCCGACGUCAUGAGCCCCCCCCUAAAAAAAUUCUGGGGGUCUCUCCACCCCGUGGGCCAGGCCUCUAUAGUUCUCGCCCAACUCUCGCUCUUCUGCCUCCAACUCCCGCUAUUCAGCUCCUCAAUUGGCUUGACCCAGUCAAAGCUCUCCCUCCAUUGUUCCCAAGUCCACUCUCUCCGCUCUUCACUCGGCUUGACCCAGUCGAGGCUGCCACGGAUAUCUGCUAGGGAUUUCCCUGGCGAUGGCUCUUCGACUCGCUGCUUGGUCCAGUUGUGGUGGGAUUUUCUGUCACGCUCGUCGUAGGGAAUAGAGGAGGACCAAGGCGCAGCGUAAUAAGCGUACAUACUUUAUUUGUACUGAACACGACACAAAAACAAUAAACAACGAUGCGUGACGUCCUGAAGUUAUACACAACACAAACCUUAACGGAACAAAAUCCCACAAACCCGAAUGAAAAACAGACAGUUUAAAUAUGGCUCCCAAUCAGAGACAACCAACGAACAGCUGACACUCGUUGCCUCUGAUUGGGAGUCACUAAGGCAAACAUAGAACAAAACAAACCAGAACCCCCAACAUAGAAACACACCACAUAGAACAAACACACCCUGGCUCAACAACUAGAGUCCCAUAGCCAGGGUGUGACACCCCAACUACAUCUCGUAAUGAAUAAUGUGGAAAUUGAGCAAGUUGAGGUGACUAAACUGCUUGGAGUAACCCUGGAUUGUAAAUUGUCAUGGUCAAAACAUAUUGAUACAACAAUUAGCUAAGAUUGGGAGAAGUCUGUCCAUAUUAAAGCGGUGCGCUGCCUUCUUAACAACACUAUCAACAAGGAAGGUCCUACAGGCCGUAGUUUUGUCGCACCUAGACUAGUGUUCAGUAGUGUGGUCAGGUGCCACAAAGAGGGACUUAGGAAAAUUGCAGUUGGCUCAGAACAGGGCAGCACGGCUGGCCCUUAAAAGGACACAGAGAGCUAAUAUGAAUGAUAUGCAUGUCAAUCUUUCCUGGCUCGAAGUGGAAGAGAGACUGACGUCAUCACUGCUUGUUUUUGUAAGAAGUGUUGACAAGCUGAAUGCACCGAGCUGUCUGUUUAAAUUACUGGCACACAGCUCGGACACCCAUGCAUACCCCACAAGACAUGCCACCAGAGGUCUCUUUACAAUCCCCAAGUCCAGAACAGACUAUGGGAGGCGCACAGUACUACAUAGAGCCAAGACUACAUGGAACUCUAUUCCACAUCAGGUAACUGAGGCCCCGUGUAGCUCAUUUGGUAGAGCAUGGUGCCUGCAACGCCAGGGUUGUGGAUUAUAUUCCCACGGGGGGCUGGUAUGAAAAAAAAAAAGUUUUGUAUUGUAGCGGUGUAAUAAUGUUAUAUGAUAACCUGUUUUAUCUUUUGUUUUAUAUGUAAUGUAAGUGCUUUAAUGUAUUUGGACCCCAGGAAACAUAGCCUUGGCAGCAGCUGAUUGGGAUCCCUAAUAAAUACAAAUACAAUUACAAAUGAUGGUGUUGGAGUCAUGCUCGGCCACGCAGUCAUGGGUGAACAGGGAGUACAGGAAGGGACCAAGCACACACCCCUGAGGGUUCAGGGUCAGUGUGGUGGAUGUGUUGUUGCAAAUCUCACCACCUUGGGGCAGCCUGUCAGGAAGUCCAGGAAGGUGUUCAAUCCCAAGGUCCUGAACUUAGUGAUGAACAUUUGUAGUCAAUGAACAACAUUCUCACAUAGGUGUGAGAAGGCAGUGUGGAGUGCAACAGAGAUUGUGUUAUCUGUGGAUCUGUUGGGGCGGUAUGCGAAUUGGAGUAGGUCCAGGGCGUCUGGGAUUAUGGUGUUGAUGUGAGCCAUGACCAGCCUUUCAAAGCAUUUCAUGGCUACAAAUGUGAGGGCUACAGGGUGAUAGUAAAUUAGACAAGUUACCUUGGUGUUCUUGGGCACAUGGACUAUAGUGGUCUGCUUGAAAUAUGUAAGUAUUACUGACUGGGUCAGGGAGAGGUUGAGAAUGUCAGUGAAGACACUUGCCAGCUGGUCAGCGCAUGUUCUGAGUACGUGUCCUGGUAAUCCGUCUGGCCCUGCGGCCUUGUGAAUGUUAACCUGUUUAAAGGUCUUACUCACAUCGGCUACGGAGAGCGAGAUCACACAGUCGUCCAGAACAGCUGGUGCUCUCAUGCAUGGUUCAGUGCUGCUAGCCUCGAAGCCAGCAUAGAAGCACAUUUAGCUCGUCUGGUAG